GGGCGUCACAGAACGGAGUAGCCAACGGCCUGGAGAGAACAUGCCCAAGUUUUAUUGUGACUACUGCGAUACGUACCUCACCCAUGAUUCUCCAUCUGUGAGAAAGACACACUGCAGUGGUAGGAAACACAAAGAAAAUGUGAAAGACUACUACCAGAAAUGGAUGGAAGAGCAGGCCCAGAGCCUGAUUGACAAAACAACGGCUGCAUUUCAACAAGGAAAAAUACCUCCUACUCCGUUCUCUGCUCCUCCUCCUGCAGGGGCGAUGAUUCCACCUCCCCCCAGUCUUCCUGGUCCUCCUCGCCCUGGUAUGAUGCCAGCACCCCAUAUGGGGGGCCCUCCCAUGAUGCCAAUGAUGGGCCCUCCUCCUCCUGGGAUGAUGCCAGUGGGACCUGGUUCUCAGCAUGGGCCUCCUGCUCACCUUUCCUACAACUCCGAACAAACGCUUAGUGCUCCUGGAAUGAGGCCACCCAUGGGAGGUCACAUGCCAAUGAUGCCUGGGCCCCCAAUGAUGAGACCUCCCGCCUGUCCCAUGAUGGUGCCCACUCGGCCAGGAAUGACUCGACCAGACAGAUAAGGAUAGAGGGGAGGUCUCUUUAUGUCAGUUUUAUAUUACUUGUUCUGCUUCACCAGGAGAUCAUGAUGCUGUGACUCUGGGUGUUUUAUUUACAUAAGGAAAAUUUGCUCCCCCUUGCUAUCAAAGAGAGAAUAGUUUUGAAGGGAAGAAGUAGAACCAAAAAAAGGGCAGUCUUCAUUUGUAUUGUGAAAUGUGAAAAUAAAAUUGUCAACUCUUUCAGUUAAAAAAA